CAGUAACAAGUUUACAUUUGUGCCGGUCAGAACGUCAAUACCCCAAAGAGAAGAAGACGGAGAAGUAACGAACAAUGGUCUAGGUUAGUUCGCAGGGACAUUAAAACCCGCACAAUCGCAAGUAAAAGGAUAAGAAUUCCAUCCGUGGGACAGAAAAACUCCCCAUUGUUCUAACCAGUAAUUAUGCAAUUUCGCUCAAACGCCGCUCGCAGGCUCGAACCGUUUCCCGUGUGUGCAUUCGUGUUUCAAUUGUUUUGAUAAUAUAAACACACGUAAGGAAAAAUAAAACAGAGGAAGAGAAAAGUCGCAGUCGUCGCACCAAGUUCGAAGCUAAAACAAACAGACUGAAAAUUGUUCCUCUUCUUUAUUUCUUGGUAGGGGGGGACAACGACGACUCGGAAGUUUAUUUUGGAAAGUUGUUGGUGCUAAUUGGGUGUACACGAAUGUUGUCCGAGUUUUCACUGCAAUGGCUGAUUUAAUUCGUAUGGGAAGUGGCCAUGGUGCUGGUCUGCUAAAAGAUAAGCUGGGUUCACCCAGUACUGGUAGUGAGGAUGGCAAUGAGCAGGAGACACUGAAUGCCAAGCCGGAGACAGAUGAGUUGGAUUUGGGUGAUUCAGUGCCUUAUGGACCAUCAGAGACCCAAUGGUAUCAUGGUCGGUUGGAUAGAUACCAAGCUGAGGAAAGGUUGUGGUCUGCAUCCAAGUUGGGAAGCUACUUGGUCAGGGAAAGUGACAGGAAGCCAGGAUCCUAUGUACUCUCCUACCUGGGUAGAACUGGCAUCAAUCAUUUCAGAAUCACUGCAGUCUGUGGAGAUUUCUAUAUUGGUGGACGCCAGUUUGACUCACUAAAUGAUUUGAUUGGGUAUUACACAGGAUGCAGUGAUUUGCUGAAGAGGGAAAGAUUGGUGCAUCCUGUGCCACCACCAGAACCAGUCAAUGAUAAAAAGAGAGUUGUUGCUAUUCUACCGUAUACGAAAAUGCCAGACACCGAUGAGUUGACUUUCAAGAAGGGCGACAUAUUCUUCGUUCAUAACGAUAUGGGCGACGGAUGGUUGUGGGUCACAGCGCACAGGACUGGAGAGCAGGGGAUGAUCUUCCGCGAACUGGUCGAGGAUCUGGAUGAGAGCAUCGAUCCGAACACCGUCUUCCCUUGGUUCCAUCCCAACUGCACGAAGAACGAAGCAGUAGAUCUAUUGGUGAAAGCAGGUCCUGGCAGUUUCCUCGUGAGACCUAGCGACAAUUCACCUGGUGAUUAUUCGUUGUUCUUCCAUAUCAACAAUCAAAUCCAAAGAUUCCGUAUUGAGAAGAAAGGUGUCCGUUAUCUAAUGGGAGGCCGCAUCUUCGAGUGCCUCGAUGCUGUCAUCAAUAGAUACAGGAAAGAGCAGAUCGUCGAAGGAUAUACUUUACAACAUCCGCUGGUUGUAGAUGGAAGUACCUCUCAAGAUUGGGUUCCGGAAACUCCGAAGCUCAAAUCGGAGGCGGAAAAGAUCUACGCGACGCUGCGGGAGUGCCGCGAUCAGAUUGGACAGAAGAAAAUGCGUGGUAUCAAGCACCAAGGAUACCUCCACCGGAAAUCAGAUAAGAUCACGAAGAAGUGGAAGCUCCUGUAUUUCGUGUUGUUGGUCGAUGGCACCGAUACACAUCUGUAUCUGUACGAGAAUCCUAAACGCACGAAGCCAAAAGGUCUCAUCGACUUGUCAUGUGCCUACCUUUAUCAGGUCCAUGAUAGCCUUUGGGAACGACCGCACUGCCUUCAAUUGGUCGAGAGGGCUUUGCCCUGCUUGGCCACCGUCACUCACCUGGCAGCACCAUCGAUAGAAGAAUGCCAGGAGUGGGUGAAUGCCUUAAAACCUCUUUGCGUGCCACAACUGAGUCGCGCCACCUGCAAGGUACCGAGAUUACGAGAAUUGCGGUCGUUAACUUUGCACGUGCUCGACGCCCACCGACUGCCAUAUAAAUUAGUGCCACAGCCUUAUGUCACCCUGCAAUUAAACAACCAAGUGAGAAUUGCUCGAACCAGGGCAAAGUCGAUGCCCGACCCGGUGUGGGACGAGGAAUUCAUAAUUGACGAUGUGCCAUGUGAUAUAGUAUCAUUUACUUUAACAGUCUACAAUAAAGGUAAGCGCGGUAAGGAUACCGAAGUAGCCGAGUUACGAGUGGAUCUAUCGUCGUUAGGAAACGGGGAGGAGCGCGAAGAGUGGUACGCCCUCUCCGGUUUAACGCCAAUCGGCGAAUGGGGAUCUUUAAGAUUAAGAACUAGGUAUUUGCAUGACCUGGUGAUGCCUGGCGAAGAGUACAGUCCGUUACAACAGCUCUUGCUGGAGCAUGGUCUGGCUUCCGUUAAGACUUUGGCAGAGAUUUGUCACAGCGACAGAGCUCCGCUGGCCACAGCUUUGCUCAGGGUUUUUAGGGCUGAGGGUCGUGAGUCAGAACUGCUGAUUGAGCUGAACUGCGCCGAAGUCGCCAGGGAAUCGGAAACGUCUACUCUGUUCAGAGCCGCUUCACUGCCUACCACCUUGAUGGAUCUUUACAUGCGCUCAGAAUGCGGUGGAUUCCUGAAAGCUGCUGUUUUGGAAACUGUUCUUCGUCUUCUCGAGAGCAAACAGAGUGCUGAACUGAACCCUACUAAAAUGGAUUCACCAGAAGUGGCCUGUACGAAUGCUGAAUUUCUGUUAGAAAUUCUUGAUCAGAUAACAUACAGCAUUUUUGUUUCCUUGGAUGCAUGUCCGAAAUCAUUGAGAUACAUCUGCGGAAGACUACAAAAAGCUGUGAUGGCAAAGUGGCCGAACGAGCGUUUCGUGCGAACCCGGGUCGUCUCGGGUUUCAUAUUCUUGCGACUCUUGUGUCCCGCCCUGUUGAAUCCGAGACAGUUCGGAUUGGUCAGCGAACAGCCGACACCGACGGCCACCAGGAGUCUCGUUAUGGUAGCGAAAUGCCUUCAAAACCUAGCCAACCUCGUGGAAUUCGGCGGAAAGGAACCUUAUAUGGAGGUUGUGAAUCCGUUCAUCCUGAAGAAUAAGGAGAGGAUGGUGGUGUUCAUGGAUCAGCUGUGUGGUAUCGCGGAUGUUGGUGAAUCCAGGAUCACCAGUAAACCGGAUACCGCUAAGGAACUGGCCACUUUGCAUCACAUAUGCGUGGCCCACUUGACCGACCUCCAAGCCGUUGCCAAAGUAAAUCCAAACAUCAAGACCCUUGUGACCGUCACCGAUAUGCUAAGCAAGCACAAGCAGAAAUACUUGGAAAUGAUCAGUUAAUGUAUUCCCGCACAGAAGAAGAUGAUUAAGAAGAAGACGCCCCUUUUCGUUUCCAAUCUGCAGAAAUAGCAAGUCUUACGAAUCCUUUUUAUUUAUUUCAUAGGUCGCAUAGUUGAAAGAAAAAAGUUAUAUAAUUAUUUAUAACUUUAUAUAUAUUACACUUAGACUCUCUCGGUUAUUCAUAUAAAUAUGUAUAUUGUAACAGCAACCCCUUUACGUGACAAUUAGGGCGUUGAAGCUACAUUGCCAGAACCCCAAGAAAAAAAAAGGAAUAAGUAAAACACCAUUUCUCAUGGAGAUUUGUGAUCAAUUUUCAAAAUAAAACAAAAGUAUAUAUUUAGACAAAGCGAAUGAAAAAUUAAAAAAAUAAGGAACUUUAGGAAGAAGAAAACUACCGUGGGUCGUGAUAGGUACAUUUUUAUAAGUUUAUAUAAAUAUAAAAAGAGAAAAGAAACGAGACAAAAAAAAACAUAAUACGCUAGUAAUAUUUUUUUAUUUAGAGACGAUACGAAUCAAAAAAAAACUUCUUUUUAAAUUUUGACUGUGGAAUUAAAUAACGAGAAUUGAGAAAAAACAAUAACUAAGUCAGAUGUAGGUGGAGAGCGAGUAAGAGUGGAGCAGCGCUUAGUAGAUGUAGCGAUUUGUGUAUGAUGGCGCCAAAAGCGAGGAAUAGAACCAAAAAAAAAAAGUAAAAUGCGAGAGAUAUGUUAGAGGAUUUUUAUGUUUCUUUUAAUUUUUAUAUGUAACGCAUAUUUUUUUUUUAAAAAACUAGUCGUCAAAAGUAAAUUUAUGAAACCCAAAUUAUCUUCCUUUGAGCUUACGAGAAUUACGUUACUUAAGACAUUCAUCGAAUGCAUUUGAUCCAUGACUGAUAAGAUGAAGAAGAAGAAAAGUCAAGAAAACGACAAAAGUCAAUUCACGCACUGAUUAUUUUUUACAUAUAUUGAAAUGUAUUAUUUUUUAUUUCCUUAUUUUUUCAUCAUAUCUUAUA